AGAAAGAAAUUGAUUUUAGAUGAGGUCCUGUUGAGUCAUUUCUCUCACUCUCUGAGUCAUUUCCAAGGGUUGUCCCAAACAAUUAAUAGAUUCUAGGUAUGGGGAUUCCAGAUUAGAUACCCUAAUUACUGCAACCAAACCAUGCCGCGCAACAGAGAGGACGAUGAUGAUGUAGACGAAGACUACGAUGGAUUGGAAUUAGAGGAUGAAGAAGAAGAGGAAGAGGAAGAUGGAGCGAGUCGCGGCGGCGGCUGGAGGCGGAAGAGAGGAAGAUGAAGUUUUAUUGAUGAUUAUGCGGAGGACGAUUCGCAGGAAGACGAAUAUGAUGAUGAUGAAGAUUAUGGGAGCCGCGGAGGAAAAGCAGUUGGAGCUAGGAGCUAAGAGCUAAGAGAAAGAAGUCUACAGCUUCGAUUUUCUUAGAUGACAUGGCUCACCAGGUUGAUGAUGACGAUGAAGAGGAAGACGGAGAUGCAGAAGACGUGCAGAUUUCAUAGUGGAUGCUGGUACUGAUCUUCCCGAUAAGCGUGGUGAUAGGCGGCGGUAUAACGACCGUGGUUUGUCUUAUGCAAAAGUUCGUCGACCGAGGAUCAGAUUUGCAAAUCAGAUCUGUUGUUGCCCUUGAUCAUUUUAAAAACUAUAUUUAUGUUGAAGCAGACAAGGAAGCUCACGUGAAAGAGGCAAUCAAGGGCAUGCGGAAUAUAUAUGCUAAUCAGAAGAUCUUACUUGUCCCUAUAAGAGAAAUGACAGAUGUCCUUUGUGUUGAAAGCAAAGCUAUUGAUCUAUCUCGAGAUACGUGGGUUAGAAUGAAAAUCGGGACGUACAAAGGUGAUCUUGCUAAGGUGGUUGAUGUUGAUAAUGUGCGGCAGAGGGUCACAGUCAAGUUAAUUCCGAGAAUUGAUCUGCAGGCUCUAGCUUCUAAGCUGGACGGAAGAGAAGUUGUGAAGAAAAAAGCCUUUGUUCCACCUCCACGUUUCAUGAACAUUGAUGAAGCUAGGGAAUUGCACAUACGUGUUGAGCGUCGGCGUGAUCCCAUGACCGGUGAUUACUUUGAAAAUAUUGGUGGCAUGCUUUUCAAAGAUGGUUUCAUGUACAAAGCAGUAUCAUUGAAGUCCAUCAUUGCUCAGAAUGUUACACCAACUUUUGAUGAACUUGAAAAAUUCAAUAGGCCAAGUGAAAAUGGAGAGGCCGAAUUUGGUGGUCUGUCAACUUUAUUUGCAAACAGAAAGAAAGGUCACUUUAUGAAGGGUGAUGCAGUCAUCGUUAUCAAGGGGGAUCUAAAAAACUUGAAAGGUUGGGUUGAGAAAGUAGAUGAAGAAAACGUUCUGAUCAGAUCAGGAAUGAAAGGUCUCCCUGAUCCUCUUGCUGUAAAUGAGAAAGAGCUCUGCAAAUACUUUGAGCCUGGAAAUCACGUGAAGGUUGUUUCUGGGACCCAUGAAGGAGCAACAGGCAUGGUUGUCAAAGUUGAUCAACAUGUGCUUAUCAUUCUGUCUGACAUGACCAAAGAACAUGUCCGCGUGUUUGCUGAUCAUGUUGUUGAGAGCUCAGAAGUGACAACUGGUGUUACCAUGAUCUUGUCCUUCUGGAUAACCCUAGUUUUGGAGUAAUUAUACGUCUAGAAAAUGAAGCUUUUCAGGUUCUUAAAGGGAAUCCUGACAGACCAGAGGUUGCUCUUGUCAAACUCAGAGAAAUCAAAUGCAAACUCGAUAGGAAAAUUAGUGUCCAAGAUCGCUACAAAGGUAAACAAGGUCCCGUAAGGCAUAUAUAUAAAGGAGUCUUAUUUAUAUAUGAUCGGCAUCACCUUGAGCAUGCUGGAUUUAUAUGCGCUAAAUGCACAUCAUGUAUUGUUGUUGGUGGAUCACGUUCUGGUGCUAAUAGAAAUGGUGGGGAUUCAUUAUCAAGGUUUAGCAAUUUCAAGGCACCUGCCCCAGUACCCCCAUCCCCAAGACGAUUUCAACGCGGAGGCAUGGGAUAUAACGCUGGAGGGAGGGGAAGGGGUGGAAGGGGAGGGGUGGAAGGGGAGGGAGAGACGAUUCUUUGUUGGGUACUACUGUCAAAAUCCGCUUAGGACCUUUCAAGGGAUAUAGGGGACCUGUAGUAGAAGUUAAAGGAGAUUCAGUGCGUGUAGAGCUUGAGAUGAAGAUUGUGACAGGCAAUCCCUUGUUUAACUUCUCCGCUUGUGGGGAAUGGACUCUUAACGAUAAUUGUGUAUGCAGUUGAAUGGACUUUUAACGAUAAUUGUGUAGGCAGUUGAUCGGAAUGCAAUAUCGGAUAAUGUUUCUGUGA